AUGGUUCGACUGAGCGGAAAGAGCCUCUUCCAUCUCCCUGCCGACUAUGCUGUUGGCUCACUUAUUGUGCCGACUUGCUUCAGGGCAACUGCUCAAUACUUGGCCCAAUAUGGACCUGUUACACGCGGUGUAUUCCGCAUUCCCGGUUCGCUACGCGUUGUCAAUGCAAUCUUUGACUAUUACUGCUACGAAAAGCCCGGAGAAGAAGUCACAAGUACGAUACGUUGCCCUACCCUGCCAUCACAUAUCAAUGCUGGUGCACAAGACGUAGCUUCGGCUUUCAAACGACUGCUAUCUGUACUCCCAGGUGGCAUCCUUGGCUCUCUCACCCUUUUUGAUGCAUUGGUCGCGAUUCACAGUCAGCUUCGUGGGGAGCCAGAACUCAGCAGAACAAAAGAAUCAAAGCUUCGUGCUAGACUCAUUGCCAUGGCCAUUGGGACCAUCAAGUCCCACUUCCGUCGAGAGCUUAUUUGCGCUGUAUUUGGCCUCCUUUCCCUCAUCGGACGUGCUGCUGAGACCGCAGCUCGUGAGGAUGAGCAGGGCCGGCCACUUCCAACGUCAGAUUUGAUGGGAUACGCAGCUUUGGGGAUCGUCUUCGGUCCCCUCCUAGUCGGCAAUUUGCUUGACUCCUAUACCAUGAAGCUCGCAAACCCUUCUUCGGGCUUGCUGCUUUUCCCCCUUACCCCGCCGCGUUUGAAAAGGGAACGACAGCGAAAGAACACUGUCCAAGACAAUACAGACUCCAUGUCUGUUGACAAAAUUCGCGUGGCAAACGACAUUACCGAGAUGCUCACCUCAAAUUGGAGAGAAGUAGUGCGCAACAUGAAGGGCUUGUCGAGUUUCCGGGGGCCAAAUGAGGAUCUGGAGAGCACGAGUCGUCGGAGAUUUCUUCGUUCAUCAAACUCUGACUCUCUGGCCGUCGGAUUGCCAAAAGGCUGGAGGAGCAAGCACUCUUCUCCACGGUCUUCUAUCAACCAACAUAGGUCGAAAUCACCCAUUACCCCGACACCGGCGCCUAGUAAGUAG